AUGGUGGACUACUACGAGGUGCUGGGCGUGCCCCGGCAGGCCUCGACCGAGGCCAUCAAGAAGGCUUACCGCAAGCUGGCGCUCAAGUGGCACCCAGACAAAAACCCCGAGAACAAGGAGGAAGCAGAAAGGAGAUUCAAGCAGGUGGCCGAGGCCUACGAGGUGUUGUCGGACGCCAAGAAACGCGACGUCUACAACCGCUAUGGCGAGGCGGGGGCGGAGGGUGGCUGCGCAGUUGGCAGGCCUUUCGAGGACCCCUUCGAGUACAUCUUCAGCUUCCGCGACCCGGCCGAGGUCUUCAGGGAGUUCUUCGGUGGGCAGGACCCAUUCUCCUUUGACCUCUUCGGAAAUCCACUGGAAAAUAUUUUUGGUGGUCGGAGGAACUCCCAGGGAAGCAGAAGCAGAGGGUCUGCACCCCUUUUCUCUACCUUCAGUGAAUUUCCAGCUUUUGGGGGUGGAUUUUCUUCUUUUGAUACAGGAUUUAGUUCCUUUGGCUCCCUGGGAAGUGGGGGCCUUUCUUCCUUCUGCAUGUCCUAUGGUAGGGAUGGGACAGGCAGCUUCAAGUCCAUGUCGACUUCCACUGAAAUAGUUGAUGGCAAAAAAAUCACCACCAAGAGAAUCAUUGAGAAUGGCCAAGAAAGGAUGGAAGUGGAGGAAGAUGGACAGUUCAGUUAA